CCGAAAAAAAAAAGAAGCAAAGCCCGGGCAAGAGCAGAGGUGCAGCUGGCCACAGCAAAUUCAACCACAACGAACUGAACUCGAUCAAUUGUGCACUUCUCAACCUCGACCAGUAUCGCGGCACAUGUUGUUCGCACCAUGAAGGGCUUGCUCUCAAAUGGCUACGAGCACAUCCGUGACCCGCUCGAGACGAGCUGAAGGUCUGCGUCAUCCGCAUUCGAGCAACACUGUCACCUACCGGUCGCACUCGUCACCGCAGAACCACAACCAACACCCGCUCGCGAACGCAAAGUCCGAACAAUCCCCAUCCCCAAUCAAGCAGAACGCCGCCACCACAACCACCCAUCAACGCAACAAGCGAUCGCUUGAGCCCGCCGCUGCCCGAGAAUGUGAUCCCGUUGCUCCCAAAAAGGCGAGAUACGAGUUUGCCGUCGAGAUACCUGCUCGGCCGUCAUUUCGUCAAUCGACCUCGAUUGAAUCGCGCGACGCGAAGCCCCCGACGCCAGCCCCUAACCCGAAGCCUGUCGUCACUGUCACUGCGGCACCAAAGCCCCCAAAUCCCUCGCGUGCCCCUCCCACCACUGCUGCAAAACCCAGCACAACUAGCACAAAACAACCAUCAGGCCUUACACGACACCAAGAAAAAGUCGUCAAUGGCUUGAAGCACGAAUUGAGCAGGCUGAACCCAAAUGCUGCCGAUACCAUCAAGGAGGGCGGUCGCAAAUUACGAUCGCAAGAAGGCACUCGCUUCAAGAGCGAAUUGGCCGCCUACUUUCCCGACUAUGAUGAGGUAAUCGGCAAUGACCCCAAGGAACAGCAUCUCCUGAACCUCGACACCCCAAUCGUUAUUUGCAGCACCAGUCUCCCUGUGACGACUGAGUCCACCUCAGUCGCUACUCCUACACAGCCGGGCGGCUUCCAGCCUCGUCCGAUCGAAUCCUAUCCCAUCCGAGGCUACGGUGAUGCCUUGUUUACGGAUCUCUACGAUUCCCAGACCAUCAAUUUCAGCUUUCUGGAAACCCAACACAAGGGGAAAGCAGCACUGAAGGAUGACCCGUUGCCGGAUUCACUCUACGAAACAGCCCACAAAAAGGCGGAACGUUUGGAACGCUCAAUACGGAACUCGGAAAAGGGACGAGCUCAACAUGAGAAGGACCAGAUCAUCCGACUGCUGGAUGCCUUGCAGGGCCAUGACUGGCUGCGGGUAAUGGGCGUUAGUGGGAUCACAGAAGGUCGUAAGAAGCAGUUCGAGCCGGCCCGAGAGCACUUUAUCAAAGGCUGCCAAGCCAUCCUGGAAAAGUUCAAAAGAUGGGCGGCCGAAGAGAAGCGCAGAAAACGGAAAAAGGACCGGACAACCAAUGCCGACAGCGGCGGAAAGGGCGGUAAAGGCGGAAAGGCCAACAAGCCGCAGGGCGGAGCGAAGAACGGAAAGCGUAAGCACGAGGAUGCAAAGCAUAAAGUUGAACUUAAGGAUCAUCGAAAAGAUGAAGAUGCGGCCAAGCAAAGGGUUAUUGCUGACAGUGAUGAGGAAAUGGAGGAUCGAGAACAAGACACGGGCGAAUCUGACGGCGACCCACCAGACGAGAGCGAUGUCGAAGCGUCCAUUGCAAAGCAGCUCCGUGAAGAGGCAAUCGCCGCGGCGAAGAAGAAGCCGUCCAAAAAGGGCAAACGUCCAGCCCCUCCUCCGCCACCGCCCGAACCAGAGCCCGAACCAUACAAAGAGUUUACCUCGUUCUUCAAGAAGCCAUAUCAGCGAGACGCUGCGCUCAACAAGAACAGGCGAAGGGGCAGAAACGUGUUGGCCUGGGGUCAGCCGGUACCCGAUGGUGAUGAAGGAGAAUUUGCGCUCCCACAGGAUAUCCUGGAUGAGGAGACGCUGAAAUCCCACGCAAGAAGAAAGCGUAGGGACAAGAGGGGGAAACAUUGAACAUGUCACACUUUUCUUUUUUUCUUCUCUGGGCAUCGAGAGUGUUCUCGGCUGGCGUUUGGUGGUCAUUCAGGGAUAACAAGCCAUGGUGUUUAUUUACUUGAUAGCCGGGCAGUCUGGUGUUCGUGUUAAUUUGGUGUUUGGGUUCUGGGUAUUCCCAAUGUAGGAAUUAGCCCGGCAUGCUUUAGUUUGGUCUCUACACUCUUCAUAUCAUCAUGAUACACAUCAUUACUUCUUUCAAAGAAACGAUAGCACGGCAUAACCACUUUGAGAGUUUGAUGAGAUGACCUUGAGUUGGAGACUCGGCAGGAGAAUUGCAAGGAUAAUAGUUUGUUUUGUUUAUUUUCUAAGCGUAGUCUUCCCUAUUUGUAACACAAAAAACCGCC